UGAUGAACCAGUACGUGUUUAUUGAAAAAGUGGCACAGAGCAUUGAAAUUGGACGGUGCAAGACCUAAUGACGUUUUGACUUAAUGAAGUCAACGCAUGCGCUGCACGUUUGCCUGGUGAAGUGGGACUUUUCUUGCCCGAAAUGAUCACUCACUGCCCACCCACCUACAUCAGCCCCUUCCUCCAAUCCUUCUCUGUGUGUUGCAGGGCUGUUGCUGGAGUUGCUGUCAUUUUAGCCCCGCAGCUUUGCUGAGGAUGGGUGAGCCCCUUGCCUGCCGUGAUGAUCUUCCUGUUCCUCAGCCUCUCCCUGGCGGCCCUCAUGUAUGGUGCAUGCCUGGACAAGAAAGUAGCGAGAGAGAUGGAGCUUCUCGCAGCCCAUGCUGCAGAACCAAUAGACGAGCCGGAGACAAGUGAAGUAUCCUUCUGUUUCAAAAUCAAACGAUUUGCCCGGAAGUGGUGCACACUUGAUGCUUGUGCUCUGGGCGGAAUGCGCUUGAGGAUGCAGAAAAGUCUUGCACGGCUGCCCUAUGAUGCUGUGAACGGGAGUGCGGAGCUUCUGCACGGGUACAGAACUGGGAUGGACACGCAAAGCUUGCGCAUUGUUCUAGUGAAGAAGAUGCAGCAGAGUGGCUUGGCCAUUGACCACGACCACACGACGAACAACCUCGAAGUGGGCCAAGUGAAUGAUGCGCCAGAUGGAACCGGUAGAACCACAAAGCAUGUGGUAAAAGAUAUGGCCGGAAAGUGGGGGAUGGAAAGUCAUGGGAUCUCGGCACUCGAAACGAUGCUAGCGCAACCGCUCCACAGGCGCGUUUGGUGGCUGAUGCCGGCGUUCUUACCAUGGAUCUCGUGCUUCUCGUUCAAUUUGCUGAGAUCCCACGCAGUUCGAGUGUCCCUUCUGGUCAUCAAGGUCUUGACCGGUUCCGCUACGGCGGCUCUGUUCUACAGCGAUUUCAUGCAGGAUGAAGCUCGAUGCAGGCCACCCAGGGAUGACUUGGACAAGGUGAUGCGGGACAUGUACAUUGGCAUAUUCGGAGCAAUCACGGGCGACGCGGUCAUUAUGGUGCUCAGCAUGGUCGGACGCAGGGCAGUCGAUGAGCAAUCUUGGAGUCUUACAAAAAGAUUGCGGGAACUAUCGGCCUGGAGACUGCAAGACGUAGCCUUUUGGUUCUUUUGGACCUUAUAUUCGUCAGGAUGCGUUCUCUACCUGCUCCUCUUCGUCUCCAACAUGGAUGCUCGCAACUGGUUGGUGUCGAAUGUCUGGAGCCUUUGCCAGGAUUUGCUCCUGAAACCGCUGGCGAUGUCGGUGGCCCUCAACAUCAUCGCAGGCUUGGCCCUCCGGUCCGACCGCGUGCAAUUGGCGGUGAAGACCUCCUGGCUCCUGAAGGGCAUCGCCACGCCCAUGACGGAGCAAGAGAUGGACGAGCUCAAAAAGACUUUCAAAAAGCUUGAGGCCAAUCAAGAAACAACCAGCACAGGCGAUGAAGACGCGUUCUCAGUCUUGGACGUCAUAAAGAUGGGACAACAGCAAGGUGUAGUCGAUUUGGACAAAGCUCUUGAACAAGCACAUACCGAACAGCUUCAAGAGGCCCCCAUGCCUGCCACACCAAGCAAGUCUUGGAUCGGGUCAAUACUCAGCGCGUUUUCAUGCUGCUCGGGGUCUGGGACAAAGACCAAGCCGGAUAGUGGGAUCCAAGUGGUUGGCAAGCGUUUGAUGGACACAGAAUGA